AAGUCCGAAUGCAGCUGAGAUUGGCUCCAGCGACCCCCCGCGACCUCAAAAGGGACAAGCGGUAGUAAAUGGAUGGAUGGAAGUCCAGUAGUUGUAUGACUAAAAUGUUAUUUAUCAUCUGGACCAUUUGAAACACAUUUGUUCGCCUUGUUUGUCGUCUAAAUGCUGUUGUGAGGUGGCUAGCAACUGUUAGCUUACAUGGCUAGCCCCUGAAAUGUGUAUGACCCUGAGUAAGUUAGUGAUAUAAUUGUACUAAGACAAAGGAAUGAGUGACUUAUGAGUCAUAAAACAACGUUGUGACAAUAGCAUGGUGACCUGGACCAGGAAGUGAGUGGGUGGAGCUUCUACACCGUGCAUGUGUCAGCUGACACCGAGGGACGAUGACCCACAUGGGACCACCUUUAGUCCAGCUGCAAACCCAAGGUCAAAGGCAGAAGACAGGAAGACGUCGGCCUGAACACAAGUUUGGAAAGAGGACUUUUGGCCAUGGAGGAGCCCACUCUCUGACUGGGGCCUUCAUCCUCCUCCACGGGGGUCCGAGAGGAGAACACCUGCCUCCACACGGAGAGACGCCGAAGCAGCUGAUUGGUUGAGCUCCGGGUGAGGUCAGGGGUCGCGUGGGCCAUGGCGGGCAGACUCCUCCUCAUCCUGUUGGCGUCCACCACGCUCGGCCAUGCUCAGUUCCUGCCAGGAGGCCAGCGCCUGAAGCCCCGCCUCCUGAGAGACAGACGCAACAUCCGUCCCAACAUCAUCCUGGUCCUCACCGACGACCAGGACAUGGAGCUGGGCUCCAUGCAGGCCAUGAAUAAGACGCGGCGCAUCAUGGAAGAGGGCGGGACUUCCUUCACCAACGCCUUUGUCACCACGCCCAUGUGCUGUCCGUCACGUUCCAGCAUGCUCACUGGGAAGUACGUGCACAACCACAACACGUACACUAACAACGAGAAUUGCUCGUCCAUGUCGUGGCAGCGUCAGCAAGAACCGCGAACCUUCGCCGUCUACCUCAACAACACAGGAUACAGGACGGCCUUCUUCGGGAAGUAUCUGAACGAGUACAACGGCUCGUACGUUCCUGCCGGUUGGAAGGAGUGGCUUGGCCUGGUCAAGAACAGUCGCUUCUACAACUACACGCUCAGUCGUAACGGGAUCAGAGAGAAACACGGAGCGCAGUACCCUGAGGACUAUCUAACAGACGUGAUCACAGCAGAGUCUAUUCGCUACUUCCGCUGGUCCAAGCGUGUUUACCCACAUCGGCCCGUCAUGAUGGUACUGAGUCACGCUGCCCCUCAUGGACCGGAGGACUCGGCGCCGCAGUACAGCAACGCCUUCCCCAACGCGUCACAGCACAUCACUCCCAGUUACAACCACGCUCCCAACCCAGACAAGCACUGGAUCAUGCGCUACACGGGCUCCAUGAGGCCGAUCCACAUGGAGUUCACCAACAUGCUGCAGAGGAAACGACUGCAGACUCUGCUGUCGGUGGACGACAGCAUGGACAAGCUGUACAACAUGCUGGUGGAGACCAAGGAGCUGGAGAACACGUACAUCAUCUACACGUCUGACCACGGCUACCACAUUGGACAGUUUGGCCUGGUCAAAGGGAAGUCCAUGCCCUACGACUUUGACAUCCGAGUCCCCUUUUACGUCAGAGGACCAAACGUGGAGCAAGGCAGCGUCAACCCUCACAUGGUCCUUAACAUCGACCUGGCGCCCACCAUCCUGGACAUCGCCGGCCUGGACACGCCCCCCGACAUGGACGGCCAGUCCAUCCUGAGCCUGCUGGACGUGGACAGACCCGCUAACAGGUUCCAGGUGAGCAAGAAGGUGUGGAGAGACUCCUUCCUGGUGGAGAGAGGGAAGUUGCUGCAUCAGCGCGUGGAGGGGAAGGAAGUGUCUCAGGAGGAGAACUUCCUGCCCAAGCAUCAGCGGGUCAAAGAGCUGUGUCAGCGGGCGGAGUUCCAGACGCCCUGUCAGCAGUCUGGACAGAAGUGGCAGUGUGUGGAGGACUCCUCGACAAGGUUGCGCCUCCUCAAGUGUAAGAGCGAAGGGGGCGGACCUACGAGCCCAGAGGCGGACCAGCCAAUCAGCAUCAAGCCUGAGGCGUAUCCUGGCGGCCUAGAGAAGUGUGUCUGCGACCUCCGACCUCUGAAGCCGCCGCCCCCCAUCAAGAAGUCGUUCUUCUCCAAGAAGUACUUAAAAGUCCCUCAGAGCUACUCCAGGAACCGCUUCAGUCGCUCCGUACCCGUCACCAGCGGUUACCCCGGCAACCACAGCCUGUUGGGAGGGGCCUCUGACAACAUGACGGGAAACGAGGAGUCCGAGGACGAGUUCAGCGGUAUGGGCGGGGCUCCCACAGUCCUGACUCCACCCAACUCCGUCAAGGUCACACCCAGGUGUUCCAUCCUGACCAACUCCACAGUCCGCUGUGACACGGGGGUCUACGCAUCCCUGCAGGCCUGGAGGGACCACAGGCUGCACAUCGACCAUGAGAUUGAGACGCUGCAGACCAAGAUCAAGAACCUGAAAGAUGUCAAAGGUCACCUGAAGAAGGCCCGCCCCCUGGUGUGCGACUGCAACAAGUACAUGCACAAAUCUAAGCUGAAUAAGAAAUCCCGGUACAGAGGAGGGCGCGUUCACCCCUUCAGGAGGGGCGGGGCCCGCCACAAGAAGGCGUGGCUGGAGAAGGAGCAGAAGAGGAGGAAGAAGAUGAGGAAGAUCAUCAAGCGAAUACGGAACAACGACACCUGUUCCAUGCCGGGACUCACCUGCUUCACGCACGACAACCAGCACUGGCAGACGGCGCCGUACUGGACACUGGGGCCCUUCUGCGCGUGCACCAGCGCCAACAACAACACUUAUUGGUGUCUGAGGACCAUCAAUGAGAGCCACAACUUCCUGUUCUGUGAGUUUGCAACCGGCUUCCUGGAGUACUUUGACAUGAACACUGACCCCUACCAGCUGGUGAACGCCGUCGGCUCGUUAGACCGGACGCUCCUCAACAAUCUUCACGUUCAGCUGAUGGAGCUGCGAGGUUGCCGAGGACAUAAACAGUGCAAUCCUCGCACGCGCUCAGUGGAGCCCGCCGGUGGGCGGGACCACAGCAGCUUUGACGACUACAGGCUGUUUGAGAAGAAGAAGUGGCCCAGAGUCAAGCGACCUUCAUCAUCGCGAACGCUAGGUCCUAUCUGGGACGGUUGGAAGGGAUAAUAAGCUUGGUCCUUAUUGGCCAGAACGGGCUUGUGACUCCGCCCACACCAGCACCAAGGAGCAUGGCGCGGUCGACGGCAUGCACCCUCCACUCGGCCAAUCAGCUUCCAGCUUUUCUGUGACUUCCCCCUCCCGACUGACCUUCAUCAUCAUCAUCAUCAUCAUCACCACUCCACUUCUUCAACCCCUCCUUACCAUGAGGAUGAGGAGGGUGGCGAUGAAGAGAACGUCCUCCUUUGUAUCUUUUGCUCGGAAUCCAUAGUGGCUGUCAGUCAGACAUGGCCACGCCCCCUUUUUGUGGCGGUCUGUCGAACAUGGACACGCCCAAUCCGGCAACUGUUGGCGCAACAUGGACACGCCCCCUCUUGUGUCUUGUGUAAACGCACGCCCUCUAACUGCUGUCAGUCAAAAAUGGACCCGCCCCCUCAUAUGUCAAAUAAUAAUUAUAGACACGCCCCUCAAUAUACUGUCAGUCAAACAUGGACACGCCCCUUCCGCGCAGGAGGUGCUGUUAAAAGUUUUCUGUUAAUAAUUGACUAAUAUAUUUCAAGGCGGCCAUCUUUGUUUGACGAGUAAAGAGGCAGCGAAAACUGUGGUUUACUAACAUUACCCAUAAAGCUUGCACUGACCUCUAGUGGCCAAUCAAGUCGCUUCCUACAACGCUACUAUGUUGAACAAGAGGGAGAAGGUACUAGCGUUGUCAUCAUAGACAUCUUAUAAGUAGAAGCAGCAUUGGCUGCUGUGACGGAGAAAUUCGGCCGCCAUCUUGAAGUGGUGAU